UUUCCUGUACGCAUAUUUUAACAGUCACUCUAGCAAUGUUGCUGGCGUCCAUAUUCUCAGUGUAUUCUAUAUGAUCUAAUAGUAUAAACUGCAGAUUCACAACACGUCUUGCAGCUCUUCACUCAGAGUCGUGGCGACUCCUGUUGGCCAUGCAUGAACUAGCAGUAGUAGCAGGUCGUUCCGACAGUAACAAGGAGAUUGACGUUUUGUUGUCUUCAGCCAUCUCCUGAUAAUUAUUUUGGAAAGAAAACAUCAAUCAUAAGGCUUGGCGUUGCAGGGAUGUCGGGCUUAAAGCUUAUCUCUGCAACUGACACUCAGUAUUCAGGAACAUUGCUGAAGUCAAUGGAUCAACAGCGAAACAGUGGAUUGUUCUGUGAUGUCACCAUAGUUAUACAAGACCGCAAAUUUCAAGCACAUAAAAAUAUACUGUCGGCAUCAAGUACUUACUUUCACCAACUCUUGUCAGUGGCUGGACAGGUUGUGGAAUUAAAUUUUGUCAAGGUGGAAAUCUUUGAGGAGAUCCUGAAUUACAUUUAUAGUUCCAAGAUUGUACGUGUUCGCUCUGAUAUGCUGGAAGAGCUCAUCACCGCUGGGAAGACGUUGGGGGUGAAGUUCAUUGCUAAUCUAGGAGUACCGUUGUCGCAAGUCAAGGGCCUACCUGGUCUGUCCAAAGACACCGAAAACAAUGACUUGAGCUCUGUGGAUAAAAGCAGUGCGGAGCCAACAGGGAUGAUGCCCAUAAUCACAGAGUCCUUUUCAUUGUCAGCAGAGGAGUUCAACCAGAACGAAAAAAGUGCAGACAAUGAGAAGGACUCGGACGACGAUGACAUUAUGUUUGUAUCCAAAACCGAUGCCGUUGACAAAUGUAAGCCCUCUGAAAUCAUUGAUUUGGACGGACCUGAUACAGAGGAAGACUCAGUGAAGGAGCAGCAGGGAAACGCCGGUCCUGCUUUGAUAACAGACCAAGAGAACACGGUCAAAAUGUCUCCGCACCUUAAGAAUUCCUCCCAGACACAGCAAUCUCAGAGUCUUCAGAGCAGCACAACGGUGUCGCCCAAAACAAGCUCCAAUAUUCAGCCUCCACCCGCUAGAGUUUCCUUUUGCAGCUUGCCUGCCACACCGGCCAGAAUUGUUACCCAAACCCCCGAAACUAACAGCACCUCCCUGCCCUCAGAAAACCAAGAGAUAGUAGGGAUACACAAGAAGCAGGUCACACUAACUCAAAGGGGCGACUUUAAAAUCAAGCUCUCGGACGUCAGUUCGUGCGGGGGAUUCAUCAACGAGGCAGGCAUCAACAUUCCCCAAACGGCGGCAACAGCGAAAAAGACGAUAACUUUAGACAAGGCAUCCGAGAUCGACUCGCUUUCUCCGGGCUGCAAGGUGUACGCGAACAUCGGGGAGAACACGUAUGACAUUGUCCCAAUGAAGGACGACCCCGGGGAGGGAGUUUCUAAAAACAGCAAAGGGGGAAAGCGGUCCCUUAUGGCCACCCCUCUCCAACCUUUCAACACCUCUAAAAUGGCCCAGGGCAUCUCCAACAAGAAGAAAGCCAAAAUGGAGCAGGAAGACCACUACGAGCUCAUCAUGGAUGGGAAGACCUUCUUUGUGUGUGUGGUCUGCAAGCGUCCCUACGUCUGCCUGACGAGUCUCCGGCGCCACUUCAACACCCACUCCUGGGAGAAGAAGUACCCGUGCCACUACUGCGACAAGGUUUUCGCCCUGGCCGAGUACCGGACAAAACACGAGAUCCACCACACGGGUGAGCGGCGGUACCAGUGCCUGCUGUGCAACGAGAUGUUCCUCAACUACCAGCUGCUGUCGACUCACUGCAAGCAGGCGCACAACCAGGACCCGUCCGGUAGGAAACAGAAGGAUGACACGGACAACAACUUGUACCGCCUGCUCCCGUGCAAAACAGUGCAGUUCAAGCCCUACUCGUACGAGACGGAGGACUCCAACUCUGGAGGGGUCCCCAUUAUCCAGGAAGAUGGGAGCAUCCAGCAUGUUAUCCCCGACAGAGGGCACCUGGCCAGCCCAGUACAAUUACAAUCCACCCAGGGUAAGAUGUUGAACUGGGAUGACAUCUUUGUGGAGCCUGAAGCCCAGCCUCGACCGAGCCCUCAUGUUCCCCGACCAGGUGGCCAUCCCGCCCAACCCCCGCCAAGCUCGUUGGAAUUUGAGUUUGUCAUACCGGAGACGUACUGAACAGGGUGGCUAAGUGCUCUGUGAUCUGUGCCUUUUAAGCGAGGGGUGGGUGGGGUGGGGGUUUGACGGGGGGUGUCCCCCAUUUCUUUUUAAAUGUUUUCUGGGUAUGCGUCAUGUUUGCUCCAUGUUGUCUUUUUCAAAUGUUUCAACAGUUGUUUUAAACUAGUUGCUUUGUAGGGAAAUCAUGUUUUAGCUGGCACACCCGGACUGUAGUGACUUUGUUCCUUCUCAAGCGCUUAUCAUUGUACUUUGUAUUGUCUCAUUGUAUUUCCUCAUACCUUUUUAAUGGUAAACAAUUAUGAAGACUCUAUGCUGAUGCGGAUUAAUAGAAGGACCUAAAUCUAGGCCUACGCAUUUAUUUAUUGUUAGUACUGUGACCUAGGGUUUAACUUCUUUCAUGAGAUAUUUUUUUAUUGAGAGGCAGAUUACAUUAUGCCUUUGAGAAGGUAGGAUGUAUAGUGAUGCAGAAUGGUAGCAGUUGGUGGGUUAAACAGGGAUGGGAUCUGGAUGCAGAAUAUUGAUGGAAUUAAUGGGUUUAAUUUGUCUCAGUGAAUGGACUCAAUUGAGUAAUGAUACUCAAGUUAUGCUUAUUUUGGAUAUAUGAAUUCAGAUACCAGCCCAUUGUCCCGAUACCAUGCUUUACAUAAAUUAUGUGGACUGAUGGACAUUUGUACUGUCCUUCAUUUUCCCAUCAGACUCUUAUUGUUUCACAAGUGAAACAGGAAAUGAGCACAACUGACUCAUUUUUGCAGUGUUAAUAAUUAUUUGUUGUUAAUUUGAAUUUUGCCCACUGUUGCAGGAAAGCAGUAUUCCCACUUUGUAAGCACUCUUAAUUGGUUUUGCAAAAGUAUAAUUUAAGAUGUAAUUAUAUUAAUUAAAUGUUUCAGUCCUUUCAACAAAAAAAAAAGUCAACUUACCUAAUAUGGUCAACUCUUUUGUUGCAACUUUCUUUUUUCUCUUUUCAUAUGCUGGCCAUAUUUUAUCUUUCUCAAAAUAAUAUUCUGGUAAGGAUGUCAGAAGCAGCUUCCUUGUCUGUUAACAGAUUGCCUACAUGUGUACCAUAGGAAUCUUGUAACUUCGAACUAUUUCCUUCUGAUAUUAAAUGGCACCCUGUGUAGGUUUGUGCUGAAGAAAACUUUUCUUUUUCUCCGUGUCUUGUAAGUAAGUAGUUGAAUUGCGUUGGACUGUAGAGAGCUAACAUUACUUUUUAUAGCUUCAACACGUCCUUCAAUAAAGGCACUUCAGCUUUUAUGGCUAAAAGAAACAGUUGUGUAUCUUGUACAUAUUGUGCAUCAUGCCUUUAUUUUAAAGUGUUUUUUACAAACUUAUUAGGUCUUAGUGCUAAACUAAGGUUAAUAAAGUAAUUCAAAAAAGUUUUUUUCUUAUUUCAAAGAAUGGAAGAAUUCUACAGAAGGAGGAAUAUACAUUGUAUUAGUAUGUAAUAAGAUGUUGUUUAAAAACAAAUGAUAUGCUAUUUGUGAAUGGCUUAUUAUUCAACACCAAAUGAGUAGUUACAUUUAUUUCUUUGGUACUGUUUUGUGUAGAAUUUUCUAAACAAGUGUUUCAAGUUUCUAAAAUCCUAGUCAGACAUGCAUUAACAAUUGCUUAUUCAUUCUGUUUGUAGACAUCUUCACCAAAGCUAUUACUGUAAAACGACUGGGCCAUACUUUUGUGCAUUUCAAAAAAUAAGUCAGUGACAUUGUGUCAGGUAAUUGAAUGCUACAUUGUAGCUGAUCUGUUUGGCACCUGUUAGCUGUAUGCUAAAAUCACCGGAUGACAGGGAUGGCAGUGAUUAUUUCCUGUAACAAAUCAGCCAAUCAAAAAGAGCAACAUGCUUUUCUCCAAAAACCAAUGACUCUUGGUAAGAUACAGUAGUUUGAAUUGGCCAGCAGAGGGCUCUAGCUUUAACGGCUUCAUGCCCACUGGAGUCAUACAAAAAUGUAUGGACUCACUCUAGUAACUUUGGAUAAAAGUCUGAUAAGCAAAUGGCAAUAACUAGGGUAUUACAGUACUAUAUUGGCCAAAGCAAUUUAGUUUAAACAUGAAAAAGACCCCAGCAACUUUAUUUUGGGUAAAUGUUUACUGUAACACAAAUGCAUUUGUUAUAUACAAUACAUCUCUGAGCUUAUCAAUAUUUGAUGUAUUUUUUCUAUUACUCACUGAAGUAAAAACAUGA